CCAUGAUCCAGCAUUAUUUAAGGAGUUUCAGUCGGCGGAUACAAAAGUUCUAACCGAACCAGAAUCUACCCGAAUUUCCACGUGGGUCUGGUUACCAUCGAGUACCAACGAUCUGACCCAAAAGCUAACAAAUGUGAUGGAGGAUGCAACUGGACUGGAUCUGAGACAUUCCGAAAUUUUCCAGGGGAUAAAUAAUGGCGUUGGAGGGCUCUUUGGGGGUCAAUUCGAUACACUACCAAAGAAUGAGGAUCGCUUCAAUGGAACCAAAGACAGGAUUGCCACUCUUCUUUACUAUUUGAGUGAUGUUCCCCAAGGUGGUGGCAUUGUGUUCACAGCUUUGAACCUAACCGUAUUCCCUCAGCCCGGAUCAGUUCUUUUCUGGUACAAUCUGGACAAUAUGGGCAACGAAGAUCCGAAAUCGCAUCAUAUCGGCUGUCCCGUAAUCGUGGGAUCGAAAUGGGUCACGAUCAAGUGGGUAAACGAUCUUGGAUAGGAGUUCAAAAGGCCAACAAAACAGUAAAAAUAUCGGAAAAUGUAUAUAGUUAACUUAGCUUAUUAAUUUAUAAGAUUUCUAGAAAAGCAUUUCACUUUAUUCAAUAUUAUUUUUAUUAAUUUUUGUAACGUAUUUAGUUGUCGAAAUCACCAGUAAAGGUUU